AUGGAUCCAUCGUCACUCCACCAAAACGACGCUUCUUCUUCUUCUCCACUCUCCUACACUCCUCCCUUGUACUCCCGUUGCUCCUCCUCUUCUUCCGACGAAGAUGUCUCAUCUUCGAACUCAAUUCAUUCCACAAACAGACGUCUCGACUGCAUGCUUCAAUUCCUCGACCGUAAACUUACAAUCGCCGACCACCACGACCUCCGCCGUAACUCAAUUCCCGGUCAAACUUCUUUACCGGAAUUUAUCGCGAAGGGCGGCGGCGCAGGUAUCUUCAAACCUCCAAUUCGAGCCGCGGUGCAUCCCUCCCGACCUCCGUCUCUCGAAUUGAGGCCGCAUCCCUUACGCGAGACUCAGAUUGGACGUUUCUUGAGGAACAUUGUGGCAACGGAGUCUCAGCUUUGGGCGGCUUCCGAGAACGGAGUUCGGUUCUGGAACUUUAAAGAUCUGUACUCGUCGUGGUAUGGUGUUGGAGGAGAAGGUGCGGUGAGAAGCGGAGAUGAAGAGAGUGCGCCGUUUCGUGAAUCGGUUUGGACUUCGCCUGCGCUUUGUUUGGUGGCGGAUGAAGGGAAUAGGUUGAUGUGGAGUGGACAUAAAGACGGCAAGAUUCGGUGUUGGCAUAUGGAUUAUCAGAGUUUGGAGGAUGAUAAUAAAUGGAGUAGUCGUUUCAAGGAAAGCUUAUCUUGGCAGGCUCAUCGUGGACCUGUUCUUUCUCUUACAGUCACCUCUUAUGGGGAUCUGUGGUCGAGUUCUGAAGGAGGGGUUAUAAAAAUAUGGCCUUGGGAGGCUGUUGAAAAAUCUAUUCACCUGACAGAGGAGGAAAGGCACACGGCUGUCCUAUCCAUUGAGAGAUCCUAUGUUGACUUGAGGAACCAGCUAUCUACAAAUGGCUACAAUAAUAUGCUAACUUCAGAUGUGAAGUACUUAGUAUCAGACAAUUCAAAGGCAAAGGUGUGGAGUGCGGGUUAUUUUUCAUAUACUUUAUGGGAUGCCCGUACAAGAGAGUUGCUGAAAGUUUUCAAUUCAGACGGCCAGGUGGAGAAUCGAUCAGAAUUGUCCUCAAUACAAGACUUUUCAGUCGAGCUUGUUUCUAGUUUUAAGAAAGACAAAACACAAACUUCCAUUGGGUUCUUUCAGCGCUCACGUAAUGCUAUAAUGGGGGCUGCAGAUGUUGUUCGACGAGUUGCAACGAAGGGAGGCUUUGGGGAUGAUAACCGGGGAACUGAAGCACUUGUAGUAACAAUUGAUGGAAUGAUUUGGACAGGGUAUUCAAGUGGUUUGCUGGUGCAAUGGGAUGGAAAUGGAAACCGCAUACAGGAUUUUCUUUACCACUCAUUUGCUGUUCAAUGUUUUUGUACUAAUGGCAUGCAAAUUUGGGUAGGCUAUGCAUCUGGUAUUGUCCAGGUAUUGGACCUCAAGGGUAAUCUCGUUGGGGGUUGGGUGGCUCAUAGUUGUCCAAUUGUAAAAAUGACAGUUGGAGUUGGCUAUGUAUUUUCAUUGGCUAACCACGGUGGCAUAAGAGGAUGGAACAUCACCUCUCCAGGACCUCUUGAUGGCAUUUUGCUUUCAGAAUUGGGUGGCAAAGAAUUUUUAUAUACUAAAGUAGAAAACAUAAAAAUAUUGAGUGGCACUUGGAAUGUUGGACAAGGAAAAGCAUCUCAAGAUUCCCUUACUUCAUGGCUAGGUUCUGUGGCUUCAGAUGUUGGUCUUGUUGUUGUUGGGUUGCAAGAGAUUGAAAUGGGUGCUGGAUUUCUUGCAAUGUCUGCAGCUAAAGAAACUGUGGGACUAGAGGGUAGUUCUGCUGGGCAAUGGUGGCUGGAUAUGAUAGACAAAACAUUGGAUGAAGGCUCAACAUUUGAACGUAUUGGAUCCAGGCAACUUGCAGGCUUGGUCAUUGCUGUGUGGGUUAAAACAAACAUUAGAAUUCAUGUUGGGGAUGUUGAUGCGGCAGCAGUUCCAUGUGGCUUUGGACGUGCUAUUGGAAAUAAGGGCGCUGUUGGUUUGAGGGUUAGGGUGUAUGAUCGAAUUAUGUGCUUUGUGAAUUGUCAUUUUGCUGCACAUUUAGAUGCAGUUGGACGUCGCAAUGCAGAUUUUGAUCAUGUAUACCGAACAAUGGCCUUCAGCCGGCCAACAAAUCUCUUAAAUGCAGCACCCGCUGGAAACUCGUCUUCUGUUCCAAUGUUUCGUGGUACAAAUUCUGCAGAAGGGAUGCCCGAGUUAUCUGAGGCAGACAUGAUUGUAUUUCUCGGUGAUUUAAAUUAUCGUCUUGAUGACAUUUCCUAUGAUGAAGCAAGAGACUUUGUGUCUCAAAGAUGCUUUGAUUGGCUUAGAGAAAGGGAUCAGCUUCGAGCAGAAAUGGAAGCUGGGAAUUCAUUCCAAGGAAUGCGUGAAGCAAUAAUAACGUUUCCUCCCACAUACAAGUUUGAACGGCACCAAGCUGGUUUGGCAGGGUAUGAUUCUGGUGAAAAGAAACGCGUCCCUGCUUGGUGUGACAGAAUUUUGUACCGUGAUAGUCGUUCUUCUUUGGUUGCUGAAUGCAGUUUGGAGUACCCUGUUGUCUCCUCAGUAUUGCAGUAUGAAGCGUGCAUGGAUGUCACAGAUAGUGACCACAAGCCUGUGCGCUGCAUAAUUUCUACAGAUAUUGCUCGAGUAGAUGAACCAAUACGGAGACAGGAGUUUGGAGAGAUUCUCACGUCAAAUGAGAAAAUAAAAUGUCUUCUGAAAGAAUUGUACAAGAUUCCUGAAACUAUCAUAAGUACAAACAACAUAAUUCUUCAAAACCAGGACACAUUAAUUUUGCGCAUUACUAAUAAAUGUAAAGAAGACAAUGCUUUGUUUGAAAUAAUUUGUGGAGGGCAGUCUACUAUUAUGGAGAAUCGGAAGGCAGCAAACCAUCAGUUGAGAGGUUCCUUUGGCUUGCCUAGGUGGCUUGAGAUAAGCCCUGCAACCGGUAUUAUAAGACCAGAUCAGAUUGUUGAGGUAUCAGUGCAUCAUGAGGAAUUUCAGACUCAGGAAGAGUUUGUCGAUGGUAUUGUACAAAACUCUUGGUGUGAAGAUUCCAGAGACAAGGAAGCAAUUUUAAUUGUUAAGGUGCAUGGGAAUUACACUAUCCAGACAAGAAAUCACCGAGUCCGUGUUCACCAUUGUUAUUCAUCAAAGAAAAACCAACUCUCAGACUCUCAACCAAAUGGCUCCAGACAUGUCCAAGGAAGUGUACUUCACCGAUCUGACAUCCAACGGUUGAGCAGUUCCUUUGAUGUGGUUGACCAGCUACAUAAAUUGCAUAGCCCUUAA